UUCAUCACUCAUCGAGGUCACAAAACGCGCACGUUUUCAUUCAAACCAUUCCAUAACAGCUCUCGUACUUAGGCUCGGCGAGUUAUUUAUCGAGCAAUGUGAUAAAAGUCCGCGAUCAAAUCGAAUUUAUUUAGAAACGAGGAACGCUUCCGGUGCGAUAAAUUGUGCAAAAGGUAAACAAAUUGACGUUACGAUACCGAAGCAGAGAGAGAUCGAUUUGUCAUGGAUCACGAAACGGAGAAUACGGUCGGCGAACAGGUGAAACAUGCAUUCAGCGGGGGCUUAUCUGGCGCAAUUACGCGAGCGAUUUGCCAGCCGCUCGACGUACUCAAAAUUCGUUUUCAGCUGCAAGUCGAGAGCGAGAAACGCGGAGCGAAAUAUCACUCGAUAUUCCAAGCGGUGCGUCUGAUGUACAAAGAGGAGGGUGUUCGGGUCUUUUGGAAGGGUCACUUGCCGGCACAAUGCCUCUCCGUCAUCUAUGGCAUCUCACAGUUUUGGUUUUACGAGCAAAUCAACUACAGCAGUCGACACAUUGCCCUUUUCGAGAAUAGGCCGGAUCUGAGGCACUUUAUUUGCGGCGCAGCAGCUGGAUCGUUCGCCACAAUUAUCGCAAAUCCCAUCGAUGUGGUCCGUACGCGUCUUAUUGCGCAAGAUCGCACCAAGGGCUAUCGCAAUUCGUUCCAAGGAUUGAAGAUAAUGAUGCGCGAAGAGUCGUACAGGGGGCUAUUUCGCGGAUUAUGGCCCAGUUUGUUGCAAAUUGCACCCAUGUCGGGCGGGCAAUUCAUGUUUUACAACUUUUUUGGUGACGCGCUGAAACAAUAUUUGGGCGUCAAGCAGAGUGAGAUGCUUCCGGCAUGGGAACUUUUGGGUGUGGGUGCCUUGAGUGGCGUUUGUGCCAAAUUUCUCGUGUAUCCGUUGGACUUGUCGAAGAAACGGAUGCAAAUUCAGGGUUUUGCCAAACACAGACAAACAUUCGGAAAACAUUUUAUCUGCAAGGGACUCGUUGAUUGUGUCAUCAUGACGGCGAAACACGAAGGACUCAAGGGGCUGUAUAAGGGACUGGGACCCACAAUGCUCAAAUCGGGCAUGACCACUGCCUUUCACUUCGUCUUUUACGAUGAAAUUGUGAAAUUUUUGACGACAGACCAUCAUCACCUGUAAAUGGCUGCCUCUCACUGGGAAAACAGGUUUCGCGACGCUCUUCCAUAACUACAUAACGUUCAAAAAUUACAAAGUUACUGCAAAACUCACAACCUCAACGACUAAUUUUUAAGAAAAAAACCGAAACGACUUAGUGAUAUCAUAAAAAUCCUUAGGUGUAGCUCAAAGUUCACACAAAUUUAUUUUUUGACUCUUAUUUUUUUAUCAUAUUUAUCAUUUCCGUAGUAUUUAUUUAGAAAUCGUUCGAAUGUCACGAUAAAAUGUUCAAAAUAGUCAAGUUAUGUUACAGAAAAAAAAGUUUUUUUGUGAAAAAAUGACAAAAUCUUGUAUUCAGUGUAAGAUUAAAAUUGUAAAUUCAUAAGAGACACAGUCACAGUCAAUUAUUGUUACGAAAGUAUCGAUAAAAUUGUAACAAUUUACAAGUACGUACUUAAAAACUAACUAAUUUAUAA